CGCCGCUGCUUCCUCUGGCCGUCAGACGGAGUUUCUGCCUCAGGGAGUUGGUGGAGCCGCCUCCCCUGAGGCGCCGCACGGGACAGCGAGGGAUGGACGAGAGAGGCUGCGACGGUUCAGAGUCCGGCAGCGGUCUCCACUUUUUACCAUUGCCUAAGCACUGUGCCUUUGGUCCAACCAUUUACAACCAACGGGGAGGGAGGGACGGAGAGGCGUUUUGUGUAUCGACUCUUCACGGCGCAGUGAUAGGCAUAUUUAGACCGAACAAAAGUCCUACAACUCCCAGAAUUCCCCAGCAAGGUACAGCGCGAUAUGAACACUUCUCAACCAGCAACCAGGCACGUACUCUCUUCUACGUAAGUGUGUACGUAGAAGAGAGUAUGUGCCUGUGUAUGCAUGGAAGUGAGUUGGUGGAACUAUGUUCUAGGUCUGUUCAUGGGUAUGAACGUGAUCGUAGCGAAAACGUCUUGGCACAUAGCAGAAUAAGAUAAGAAUGAACGCACUUAGUAUAAGAGUACUUCUAACCCAUCCUUCCUCAGCUUUGUGCUCUGGAUCUGUCGGUCAAGUGCCAGCAACCCCUAGUUGUAUAGUCUGAACAGUGAGCAAUUGAAUGAUCUGGAGAGCAUCAGCUUGGAGAAGGCUUUUCUAGAUGAUAGUGUGGUGUCAGCUGAAGUGUUUAUACGAUCAAGUGCGUAUUUCACUUUGAACAUAGACCAAUCUUAAAUACAGUGGUAGAACCUUGUCAAAAAUAGAGCUAGGUUUUGCCCUUACCACUUUUAUGCUACAUUUCCAGUCCCUCUUUUCUAUCCAGUAUAAUAGUAUUUUAACUUUAAAUAUUAAAGUUGGAUGUAUGGUGCGUGGGGGAGGGUCCUGAAAGAAAAGUGAUAAAGGAAAUUUGCCUGGUGUACUCUUCCAGUCAGCAUGCAAUCUUCUGCAUUCUAGCUAAGGAGAUUUACAUGCAGAGCUGUACUUUGGCAUUGAGGUUGAGGCAACUUGGGUUGAGGCAAAUGUGUGAAUGUCACACAUAAUGUUAAACUGUUUCUCCAUGUGGUCCAGUGUUGCCUAUUCUGGCAGCUGCUCUUCAGGAUCUUGGAAUAUCCCGAAAUCUGUCUUAUUACCUGAUCGAUCUUAUUCGGAGGUGCUUGGAGAUUGAACCUGGGUCUUUCUGCUUGCAAAACAGAUGCACUACCACUGAGUUAUGAUCUCUUGCUGUGGCAUGAAUAUUAUCUCUGGGGAUAAUACUUCAGCAGUUUUGCUUGGGCUGGGUAAGCCCUGCAGUUGAAUAGAGAGACACCACAGGGUUUGCAAGGUUUAGCUCUGUGGAGCUUGCCCCAGGGUUGGCUAGCUCUCUCUUCGAGAGAUCUGCCUGUCUCGGUAAAAGAGAAUGCAGUGGUACCCUUUUAGCCACUGUAAUGGACUUAGAAAAAGUAUGUGAGAGCAUUCCCUCCCAUUUAAUUCCAAAGUUAUGAUGAGUUCAGAGGAUGGCAAAGUAUGUUCAUUUCUUGAGAGCAUGGUGCUCAACCUUCUUCAAAGGCUGUGAAGUGUUAUGCCUUAAAACUACUGUGGGAGAGGAAGAAGGGAGAAUGAGCUUGGUACAUCAAGGUAUACAUUUUCCAAGAUCAGUUAUCUUUCCAUAGUUCUUUAAACUGAAAGGGCAGCCUUCCUUGCAGGUCCUUUGGGUACUCAAGAUGAGCUUGGAGGAAGUGCAUUAAGGUGCACCUAUGUCAUAUUAUUCAUGGUUUAUAUUAUAAUUUUCCUUGAACAAAUAUGUUAACCUUUAUUAACCUUUUUACAAACAUCACUUUUAACAGUUUCUCACUCUGUAACAUACUCUGUAACAUCAGAAAGUGGAAUGAAUGCAACUUCUGCAUUUAUGUAUGUAUGUAUUUAUAUCCUGCUCUUUCUUACACCAAGCUCAAAGCAGCUUACAUUAUUCUCCUUAUACACUCAAUUUUAUCCCCACAACAACAGCCCUAUGAAGUAGGUUGGGCUAACAGUCUGUGAUGGGUCCAAAGGCACACAGUUGACUCCAAGGCUGCAUGGUGACUAGAUUUCAGAUUGCCUGAGUUCCAGAACUGCACUCUUAACUGCUGAACCACACUGACUCUUAUGUCAAAUAACCCCUUACUACCUAUAAAAAGGAAUUUCUUGAGCAUAAUGUGAAUGGACAGUUUAAAAAGAAGAGGAAGGGAGCCUAUAAAAUAUGGUCUUGUGAGUAGUUUGGCAAAAUCGUCUGCAGUGUAAGUUACCCCACAUGAGAUCAGUGGGACAUGCUGUCAGGUUAGUAUGUAUAUUAUUGCAACCUCAGUGGAUUCAAAGCGUUAAGGUUUAAAAAAAUCAAUCCAAAAUUGAUUGGAGUACUGAUUUGACUUGUGGGAGUAGUUACUGUAAUGAUUAUACUUUGUGUGGACUUGCACCGCCCCCUAGAGUCAGGCACGACUGGACUUAAUGUCAAGGGGAAACCUUUACCUUUACCUUAACUAUAAGAAAUGUUUUAAAAGACAUUGUUUGUGGUGUUUGAAGAAUUUUCCAGAGCUGGGGCAACAGGACUGAUAAGGUCCUUCUGCUGGUCUGCAUCUGCUUAAUCUCUGAAGGCCGAGAGACUCAAGGAUUCCUGAGAAAGACGUUGCGGGGCUGGGAAAGCAUGUGUAGGAAAAGGUGAUCCUUAAAGUAGCCUGGUCCAAAGUUAUUGGGACCAAAUUAUAAACAUCCAGAAUCAGCGUUCUAAAUUGGGCAGCGCUAUUCAUGUCUAAACAGUGAACAAUAAAUACAACAGAUAAAGGAAUAAAAACAAUAAAACCAGGAUAAUAUUAAAACCAACUGGUUCACAAGGAAAGUUUCCUAGAACAAAGACAUUUUUAAACCAGUGCCAAGUACAAGACAAUGUUGGAGUUUGCCUGACUUCUGGAGGCAGGGAGUUCCAUAGAACUGGAGCCAACACAUGAAGGCUGUUCUGGUGAACUAUAGCUGGACCAUAGUUCCAUGUGGAACCAUCAGGAGAAUGCCUUCCAGUGAUCUCAGUGAGCAGGCAGAUUGGUCAGGAAGAAGGUGCUGUCUUAGAUAACUUAGUCCCAGGUCAUUUGGGGAUUUAUACUCUAAUGCCAGAGCCUUAAAUCUGGUCUGGCAGUGAAUAGUGCAGCUCCUUUACCAAACAAGUUGCAUGCUGAAGAGAUACAGCUCCUAACACCACCAGCCUGCCACAUUCUGUACUAACUGCAGUUUUCAGAAACAGAAUUGAAUUUUAAUACAUGACAAGGUAUACUGCAAUUUGAAUUAACUGCAGUUUCUGAAGGCAACUCCACAUAUGACAAAUUGCAGCAAUCCUAGUUGGAUGUUAUCAGACCAAAAUAACUCUGAUCCCACUAUUUGCCUUUGAGGGGCUUCAGGCUUAGUUGAUCGCAGGUACAUUGCAUCACUGGGACCACUUGAGUUGGAUUGACUACCAUCCACAGAUUUUGAACUUAGUCAUUUGGGGGAGUGAAACCCCAUAGAGGAGACACCAACUGCAGCACAUGUGAACCACCCACUAUUGUUUUGUGUCUUAAAAUGUGGUUUGUUACACUCAUAAAUCUUGAAAUUAGCUCAUAUUUUUGGCUAGUGUCUUGUUUAAUUUCAAAUGAGAUGGCUUCAUUUAACAGCCCGCAGGGAGAAAAAUAAUCCCAUUCUUGCUUUAUCUGUAAUGAACCAUUAUAGUGUUACACAGGUUGUAAUGACAAUAAUUAUGCUUUAGUCAAUGAUUCAGAACUAUUAAACUUAAUGAGAGUUCCUUGUUUCUGAAUACUGUCCCUUACUGUGUACAACAUGGUGGUGGCAACUAGGAAACCUCAUCUGCAAUAUGGUAAACGGUGGCAUUAUAGCAAAAGUAUUAAAAAUGCUGCUUAGAAACAUGAUGGAAGUAGAUAGUUAAAUAACAAUUUAAACAAGAAAUUUGUAGCACCCAAAUACUGCAGACAGGGCACAAAGGGUUGUAUUCUUUGCUCUGUCAAGUUGUGUCAAAGAAAGGUUUAGAACUAGAACUGCAAAACUUAAUCAGUUAAAAAGCCUUUUGCUUAAUUAGAAACUGUCACACUCGGGUAGUAGAUUUCUAAAUAUUAACUUUUAAAACUGUAAAUGGCAAUCACAAUCUUAACAGCAUUCCUAGGUUGUGGAUUGACUGUGAAAGUGAGGUUCCACUUGGCCCCACUCAGCCACAGCCACUCCUGGCUUAAACAACUGUGUGUGAACUAGGCCUACCUGCUUUGACUUAAAUGUGCAAUAUCUAAAAAUAAAGUAUGCUAUUUACUUCAGGAUUAUUAUUUGUACUUAUUGAAACUCAUAUAAUUAAUGAGUUUUGGGUCUUUAAAUCAGGUGGCAGCCCAUUUUGAAUUGAUCCAGUAAGCACAGAAUUGAGGGUGAUUUUUUAGCCUUGUCCCUGAAUAUCUAGUUAAGUGCUGAAUCAAAACUCGUGUUGGCCUGAAUGGAAAAAGCUUCCAAUAAGUGGCAACUACUUCUUUCCCUAUUCAUUUAAGGUUGAUAGGUUGAGGAAGGGUAGAGUGGAUAGAGUACACAGAUCUUAAAUAAUAUGUCUGAAAAAUUCAUUUGUGUCCCUGAAGAUUUGGUGGAUAAAUACUCUAUGAAACACAGUGCAAAAAUAUCAGCCCAGUAACGUUUUAAGCAAACAUACUGUCACCUGAAGCCACAGCUUUUACUUGCUAAUAUACCAAAGCUAGACUUUUCUAAUUUUCCAAUUAUGUUAAGUGGAAGGGUUCUGCCAUAUGGCAUCACUUAAAACUAGAGUGAGGAAAAUUUUUAUCUCUGCAUGUAGUUUCUUGUUUUAAAACUUGGAAAGAAUUUCCCUUUUCAGCUUUUAAACAUUGUACACCACUUACAUUGUUGAGAUCAAAGGAUGUUUCCUGACUUUUUAGUUUGUUUGUAAGGCAAUUAACUAUUCAGUCUUUGGCCUUUUUUUUUUUUUUUGCACUUUUGAUUUUCAGUUUUGUUUUCUUUCUUUAAUCAACUUGUAUUGUGUUCAAACAUGCUUCAGGGCAGAUAGAUGCUUGCAAGUACCAUGCGGAUUCUUAAUUUUCAGCACUUUUCCACAUUCUUUUCAGUGCUAAAUUGCAACUUUUAAAUCAAACUCUUCUCUGACCUCUGUAUUUACUUAUCUAGUUUUCCUGCUAAAUUCUUCAUUUUUUAAUGUAAAGGGGAGAUGAAAGGUAUACUUCAGUAAUACAUUCUAUGCUUUUUUUGGUUGAAUGUAUUAAUUUAGCACAAUUCAUUUUGGCUUUCUAGGAUGGAUCAUCUGAAAUGGAAAGGAUGAUCAUUUGUUCUGAAGUAAACAGGGAUUCUUAGUCACCCUGGAAGUUUAAUAAUUAGUGUUGGAUCCACAUUCAAAUGAGGUUGGGGUUAGACCUAAGAUGCUAUUCAAUGAUAAAGAUGUGUGAGGUUUUGACCAACAUUAGGGCUGUCUAUUUGUUUCUUUAUUAUUUUUGAUAAUUGUCUAUUGCUUUAAUCUGUUUUAACAGUCCUUGUAUGCCAAAUAUUUGACUGUGAAAGGGUCAAAUAUAAAGAUUUUAAAUGAACUAAACAUAAAAUAAAUAGUGCCAUAGGAUUAUAUGCAAACACAUUAUACAUGACUAACUUAAGUCCCAUUGAUUUGAGUGGGACUAGGCUUGGUCUGGAUCUAACCUAUUGUCAGGUAUUGUAAAUGUGUUGAUAAUCCUUAUGGAUUGGUGAUAAAUUUCUUCUAAAAACUUUCAGGCUAGGUUCACAGCAGUGAAGCUGAAUCUUGGAUACCCAGAGGCAAGUGAGGGCCCUAUAAUUCUGUUACUUCUUGUGGAUAUGUGCUGUUAUGUCAUCUCCAACUUAUGGUGGCCCUAUAAAUGAAAGCCCUCCAAAAUGUCCUGUCCAUGACAUCUUUGUAAAUCCUGUUAUGUACUUACCUACAAAAUAGCCAUUCCCCAAGUUUGUGCCUUCCAGAAGACUUGGAUGAUCACUUGCAGCCUUUCUAACCAUUGGUCAUGCUGGCUGGGGCUGAUUGAAGUUCCAGAUAUCUGGAAUGUACCAGCUUAUGGAAGCCUUUUGCUGGAAGAAAGCUGAUGCCAUUGUGGAUGUUGUACCACAAUGUUCUAAAUCUUUCUGAUCGAUUUAUUUUGCACAUUCCCAGCGAGGAACGAGACAAUGCAAUCCGAGUGUGUUUUCAGAUUGAACUUGCCCAUUGGUUUUACUUGGAUUUCUACAUGCAGAACUCACCAGGAUUACCUCAGUGUGGGAUGAGAGAUUUUGCUAAAGCUGUUUUCAAUCAUUGCCCAUUUUUACUGCCUCAUGGCGAAGAUGUGCAGAAGGUUUUAGAUCAAUGGAAAGAGUACAAAAUGGGAGUGCCAACUUAUGGUGCAAUCAUUCUUGAUGAAACCUUAGAAAAUGUGCUGCUGGUCCAAGGUUAUUUAGCAAAGUCUGGCUGGGGAUUUCCAAAAGGAAAAGUGAACAAAGAAGAGGCGCCACAUGACUGUGCUGCUCGAGAGGUACUGGAAGAAACUGGUUUUGAUAUAAAAGAUUGCAUCAGUAAAGAUGAUUAUAUUGAACUAAGAAUCAAUGACCAGCUAGCACGCUUAUACAUUAUUCCAGGAAUUCCAAAGGACACAAAAUUUAAUCCCAAAACAAGGAGAGAAAUCCGGAACAUUGAAUGGUUCUCAAUUGACAAAUUACCUUGCCAUAGAAAUGAUAUGACACCGAAGUCCAAGCUAGGUUUGGCACCUAACAAGUUUUUUAUGGCCAUUCCCUUCAUCAGACCUCUGAAAGACUGGCUUUCUCGACGAUAUGGAGAUUCCUCAGACAGUGACAAUGGAUUCUCAUCCACCAGUAGCAGCACACCACCUAAACCCAACUCAGAAAAAACACGAUCCAAACUCCAUUAUAGCCAGCAGGUAUUUACCGAUGGUUCUUCAGGAGACCAGUGGACAAAGCACAGGCAAUUACAGCAACAGAAGCCAUAUAACAAUCACUUUGAGAUGUCCGAACCUUUAAAACUAAAGAACAUACGUGGUAAUGGCAGAAAGCAAUAUCAAGACACUCCUAAUCAAAAGAAGAGAACAAAUGGAGUCCAUAGUCAGCCAAUUAAACAGAACCAAACUUUGAAAUGUGAAAAGAAGUUACAUCCAAGAAGAGUUCAAGAAAACUUUGAAAUGGAAGCAGCAUGUGAUAUGUGUUGUGUCAACGAAGAGCAUCUCCUAGAACAUGGACAAUCAAUGUCAUACAACGGCCAUUGCAAAUUCACUUUCUCUUCACAAGCUUUUCUGAGCUUCAAGUUUGACCAUGAUGCUAUAAUGAAAACUUUUGAUCUCUGAUGCAUGUUCAUUUGCACAGGUCUACCUGAGACUUGGCCUAGAGCAGUUGAGCGGGUUUCUUAAAUCCAGCCUUUAUCAUUUCUCAGGUUUUAAAGCAAUGCAGGGACCUAGUGAUGGGCUGGAAGGCUUUGUUCUCAUUGCAAUAUAGGAGUGGCAUCAUACAGUAUUGCACUUUAAAUGCAGUAUAGUUUUUAUCUGCAAAAAUGCUUUCCAGUAUUUCAUUUGCUAGUUCCUACCUAUGCAUUACAGGGCAUUUUUCAUUGUUUGUUUUACUGUAAGAUUAAAUUUCAGAAGUAUUUUAGCUUUAGUGAAAAACUAACUUCUUAUGCAUUUAGAUUUGUGCUGAAUAGUUCUGUUGUUUCUGAUAGUUCACAAUAGAGUGGCAACUCACAUGAAGAUUCUGAGGACACCGGUGUUCUGUAUUCCUGAUUGUGCUAUUGUGCUAAAAGGCAAGCUUCUGUUUUGAGAAUUCAGAAUCAUGGUUUUCUGGCUUUUGAACUCUAUUCCCUUCUUUUGUCUUCUAUUGUGCACUGCAUUUGACCCCUUUUUUAAAACAGGCAUGUUUGAAAACUAUUGACAUCUGGCAUACUGAACUCUGCUUAAUAAUUUUUUUCCCUACCUCUGGUGAACUAUGGCAGUGAUAUUCAGACUUUGUCAAUUUGGUUUCCUUGUGCUAAUUUUGCUGUUUAUCUCCAUUUGAAAUGCCUAAUCUAACAUUUUUCAGUUGGAAGAACUGCAACUACGCUGAAUGUGCAGCAUGGAAAAAUGUGUAUUUGGGGGAGAUAACUUCAGUGUAUAAAAAGUAAACAAGCCCUUUAAGGUAUUUCAAAGGGGGAAUGCAAAAAUGUUGACACACAGUUUAUAACAUUUUACAGAGCAAUCCUAAGUGGUGCUGGGAAGAGUUGGAGUGGCCACUACAUUCCAAGCCCCUGCCAGCUUGGUGUGCACGUGCAGUUUAGCUAGGCCUUUUUGUCCUAGUAGAACUUUUUACUUUAAAUCCUCCUCCACUGAAAGCAAUGGGAGGAAUUCCCUUCUUUUCCAGCCUGGCAUUGCUGGAUUAGGGAGCUAAAUUGGCUUUGGAAAACCACAACCCCUGCCCACCUGGCCCUGGACCUGAUGUCAGUUGCGGCUGACAGGAGCAUCACCAGGGCUGCAGCAGAAGCUCGAUGGCAGCAGAGCUCUUCUGCCAGUGGAGGGGUGCCGCCUCUAUAUUGUAACAUCCUCAAGCAACACUAGUGUGUUAGGAUCACACAACUAGAAUUUGCAACUGCACAAUUUCUUACAGUCGCCUACCUUUCUCUUUGGGCUAUGUAUCUGAUGGAACAAUGACUUCAGUGUCAAAAUAGUAGCUGCAAAAAUGUAUGAAGCUAUAGCAAUUUAACAUGAGAAAAUAGUGGCAAGGAUUUGUUUCUAACGUACUAUCUCAUGGCUGUACUGAACCUGUAUCUGCAUGUCAGUCUUUGUGUCUAUAAAGCUGCUGCUGAAUUUCAUCAUUUUGCUCAGUGCCCUGACUUUACCUUAGCUGUUUGUAUUGACAGCGUGCAUUGGAGAUUUGAGAUUUUUAAAAUCUUAGGUGACUUUGAAGAUUAAGCUGGAAAACAGAGUAUACCUUUUAUAUUUUUACAUACUGCUGAUAAAGAACAGUCUGUUGUCUUGCAAAAUCUUUAUAAUGUAUUGCUUUGUCAAACCAAAGGACUGCACAGUGCAGUUUAUAUAUACUUACUGUGUCUCUCCUUUUCAUGGUUGGGAAAGAAGCCCAAGUUAGCUCUAAAUAAAUUCAGUUGCAUUUACAGGGCAUUUUUAAAAUUGUUGAGCAAUAAAUGCUUAUAUAUCCGUCCACCACACUUAGAAUUGAUUCAAAAUAGUAUGUUAAUUGGAUCUGUGGUUCUGUUAAGAUUAAAAUAGAUGAAGGGCUGGUGAUUGGUAGAGAUGCCACUUUCCCCCUGUUUGCCUUGCAUUUCGGGGAUAAAACUUUGGUCAGUAUUUUGUGUUGGGUUUUUUUUUUUUUUUACUUUUUUUAAGCAAUAAAAGUGCCUAACUUUCUAAUUUCUCAUUCAUUGCAAAUUGGAUUUUCAGACUAUUUGUGCCAAUUUUCUUCUACUAUGUAGCUUGAUUUCCCAGGAAUGUUACUAUUUUAUGCUGCUUCCAUUUUGAUAUGGCAUUGCUGAAUAAGAACACUUAAACUAUGAUUUAAGAUUCAUAGUUAUGAAAAUCUUAAAUAUGAAAUGGAUUCCUACCUGACAUGAAUGCUUAAAUUGCUGUACUAGUAAUGUGAGAUGAAUUCUGAAAAGGAAAAAAAUGCGUGAGAGUGUCUGCAAAUUCUUAAUUUGUGUAUGUACAAAUGUUCAAAGAGUAACUUCAGCAGAGACAGUGUCCGGCUUUUUCAUUGAAAAAUUCCUAGAGGCUAUAAAAAAACCACCUGGGUUUAUUAAUCUAGCCUUCAAAUAAACAUGGUAAAUAUGCAAUAAUGAUCACUUUUACAAGGUACCAUUUUUCAUAAAAUUGUCUUGCUUGAUUUUAUCGCUAUCAUGUCUUAGAUUGAAAAUGAACUGCUUUAUGAGUUUGUGGGUGCCCUGCACUGUGAACUUUUCAGGUUGUUUACUUCUUGUUUUAUACUAGGGUUUUUUGGUUGUUUGCUUGCAAAGUGUUUAUAUGAAUCAUUCUGUAGUAAUGUAUUCCAAAGUGCAGGCAUGUGGUUUACAUAGAUUUCUAUAAUACAAUGAAGAAAAGGCAAGUUGGUCACUAAUGGAUAUUUGUUCCCUCAUGUGGGCAUUUUAAAUAAUAGAAGUAAGUGAUCUGUGAAUGGACUUAAGAUAAUCUUCAUAGAAAUAAAUUACUGCUUGAAUAUUAGGUGCUGAUCUCCUGUGCUAGGGUGAGGCGGGGUAAUCAAUUGUUGCACCUAAUUGAAUUGUGAAUGUAGCUUACCUGAUCCUUUUGAGGUCAAAUUAUUUCUACUACAAAAUUCAAAGAACAUUUAAUAAAAGGCUUAAGCAGGAUUCUUACGACUGCAUGUAGACCUUCUGGGACAAUGUUUUGUUUUGUUUUUUAAUAAAGAGUGUGUGUGUUUGUGUGUAUGAGAGAGAGACUGAGACUGAGACUGAGACUGAAUUAGUGAAGCUUUUACCUUCUUUUAUAUAUGCCUAUCCUGACAGGGGUUCUAUUGUGGCUCUUCAUGUCUCUAAUCUUUACUAAGUAUGCAUGCUGUUGAAAGCUUUUGUAUUUAGUACCUGUGCUUUUAAGAACACCAGUUCGAGGACACAGAAGCAUUAUUCUAGUUUAGCUGCUCUUUAACUUUUCCAGAGGUUACAGGCUGCCUUUAGGCUACAGCAUUUGCUUAUGAUGUUUGGUUUGUGCUGCAGAAUUUGCAAUAAUAUGUGUAUACAGUUUUUGCACCACUUCUUUUCAGUUUGAAUGUGAGCCUUAUUAACAUGGCUGUCACAUAUAUAUGUAUGGUGGCCUGCUGCCUGUAUCAAACAUUUGUGCACAGCCACUACCAUAGACAGGGCUAGAUUAUCACCACCAGUUCAGAAGUUCCAAAAUAGGUUUAUGAAUAAGUUCUUACAGCUUCCAACAUGAAGUUUAUGUAAUGGAGAUAGGGUACUGCAAGUGCCACUCUCCCUUCCAUUUCUGCUCAAUCAAAACAGAAUAUUUCCAAUUUUUUUUCUGCCUGGGAGCAGUGCCAUGGCAGAGACUAUUCUCAGUUCCAACUCCCAACAGCUUGUGAGUUUUUCCUAGCUGGGCAUGCAGAUUUUGUUUGUUCCUGUGCAGCUCAAGAUACAGGCAUUUUUGUAGCAAUUUAAGUGUCUAAUUCAAAUGUUCUGUUCAUAAUCCCCUAUGGUAGAGCCCAUGUGACACUAAUUUACUAUGUGCUGUGAAGGCAUCCUUACAGGAAGGCCACCUAUUACUGAAAUUAGCCAUGUGCUCGCGCGUGCAUGCGCGCGCGCGCGCGCGCUCUCUCUCUCUCUCUCUCUCUCUCUCUCUGUCGCUCCUCUCCCCAUAUAUAUAUAUAUAUAUAUAUAUAUAUAUAUAUGCUGUACACUUUUCAAAAAGGGAAUAAUAGGCUUAAAAUGCUUCUUUCUGUUGUAAGCACUGAAAGAAAAUAUGUCCUGAAUGCAUAUUUUAGUAGCAUUUUACCAUUUUUCCAAGUAGACUAUUCUUAUUAUUCCUUAUUAUUGUCUUAAGGAUCAUGAAAAGGCCAGUUUCCUGAUGAACUUUGAACUGCCCUGCUAAUUCUUAAAAUCAACACAAUUUCAACUUUUGUUCUACAGAGAACCAUUCAACUAGUUAUGUAUUCCACAUAAGGAAGCUUUGACCUUUUUCCCCUUUACGUAGCAGCAUCAGAUGCUACAUGGCAAACAAUUGCUUUUGAAAAGGGUAUUUUGGGGCUUGAAAAUGGGAUGUUAUGCAAAUAUGGGAUGCCUGCUUAUUCAAGGAACAAGAUUUUGUUAGGCACUUAGAAUCAUUGGAAGUGCUGAAAGUUACUCUUUGGAAUUUGGCUAAUAUGGUUUAAACAGCAAAACAUAACUCUGGAGUAAAGUUAAGAAUUGUAGUUUUAGCAAAAGAACCCAUGUGCAGAUUCCUGUUUUAAGUGAAGAGGAGGGGUUUGUGUUUCUUUUUAAAUAAAAGAUGCGAUUAAACUUUUUUCAAGUAAGAUAAAGCUGGAAAAAACCUUACCAAAGGUUUAGGAAUUGUGCAUUAAAGCCUUUACAUUUGUAUAUUAGUCUAAAAAUUCAAGAGUUUUUCAUAUUAAGAAAUCCAUUGAAUGGUCAAAACUUGUAAAAAAUUAAAUUUAAAUAGCGUGGCUUCCAUGAAGAAAGGAAUAAGAAUGUGGCAUUAGAAAUUUCUACAACUGCAUAUACUUUAUAGAAUGGAUCAAAAUAUGUGCUACUUUUCAUAGUAACAGGCUUGGUCUCCACUGGAAUUACAUUUCCCUCAAAAGAAUAAACUUAUCAACAAAUAUUGUACAUGCCUAUCUUUAAAUUCAAAAUGUGCUUUCUAAACUGGGGUUUGCUAACUGCUGCAUUUGUAAGAAAUGACAUGGCUAUAAACAAAGGUUUGGUUUUUAAGGGGGUUGAUCUAAAGUUAUAACCCAAGGUGUGGUCAUAGCAGGUAAUGAGAUUUAAUAUGACAAUUAGUAAUAUUUCAUGAUAUUCUAAUGUACAUGUUUUAAGUAGCCAAACUUUAAAACCAGUACUAGUCUGGGUAUGUUUUAUCAGAGGUGCAACACAAUUGCCACUUUUCAAAUUAUAAACUGAAAUUUUCCCUACCCAUUUUGUAACCAUGAGAGUGUUUGGGCUUAAUGAGGGGUGGGAAAACUUGUUUAGUUUUCAAAUGUGUAUUUCUUGCUUUGUUAUAGGAUAGAAAAGUAGGCACAGCUUACUCAUUUUGAAUGUUAAAAGAGUUUGAGAUUGGUUUCUGAAAUAUACUGUUAGAUGCCAGGUCAUUUGGUGGGCUCAUUUUUGUAUGAACAGUCAGAAGUUUGUUUUCACUGAUUAAUGCUGUAUUUAUAUUUUAUAAAGACAUUUUUACUGCUACGUAUCUUAAGUGGUUGACUUGUGGGUAACUGUAUAACUUGAAAUCUGAUCGUUUUUUUCUGAACUGCAAAAUCUGCUGGGCCAUGAUUGACUUACUAUUGCAUAGAAUUUUGGCAUUGCCUUCAGUGCCAGUGGUGUGCGUUUGAAUUGUCAAUACAAGUGGAAUUCCAACAUAUAUAAGAAAGAAUGGGGUGACUGUAUUUCCCCACCCCUUUUCUUCCCAUGUUGAAAAAUAAAUUGUGAAAGUGGCUUAAAAGAUGCUUAGAAAUCUCCCUACGGUUAGGAAUGUUGUGUUAAGUAGUCAUGGAGAGACUUCUGUGCACCUUCAGCCAACAUAGUUGUGGAAGUGCUCAUCAGACUUGCCUUCCUAACGGAGGCUGGGACUGAUAUAUGUGAGUAGUACCCACCUCCAUAUGAAUUUGAAAUCCUAGCCUGAACAAGGCUAGGAAGCAGCAUUUUUCAACAUUGUACACUGCAUUAGUUAAAGGUGGUAGACUUGCAUUUAGAACCCACUGAAUGUGAGAAUUAGGGACACAAGGAUUUUGAUUAGUUCAUACAUUUCUUUUGUGACAGUACUUGAUUUAUAUGUACAAUUUGUCUAUCAUUUGACAUUAAAACAAUUUAUUUUAAAGUUUAUUUCAUGUAAGCAAAUCAAAAAUCCCAUAAAGGCUUGUGCCUCAGAAUGUUCAUACAGUGUUGUGCACAUAAAAGCAUCAGUUUGGACAUCUAUUUCCUGCCCUUGAAGUUAAGAUUGUCCUGUAACCUUUUAUAGAGAGGAGGAAUUACAAAGCUGACUCAUAAAACAUUUCGCAUUAGAAAUUUAUUCAGAAUAUAAGAACAUUUGUAAAAGUAUUAUAAAUGCCUCUGUAUAAAUAAAUGCAGUUUGUACAAUUCUAUAUCAAAUAAAACACAAAAUUGCUAUUUUACAGCUGCUAAGGAUCUACCGCAAUUGGAAUAAUUUGUGAAAAUUGUAGUUUUCAAAGAAAAAUGCUAGUUUAAGCAGUAGAACAAUACAGACAUUUAAUGCAAAAUUAAUAUGUGCUUUCUAAAUAAUACAUUCAAGCUGGUGUAAAAGGUUUAUAUCUUAAGUAAGUUUUAAAACAUAUUCCAUGCAAUAUUUGACAAACUCAUCAAAUUCUAGAAACCUGUUCUAAUAAUACAACUUAAAGGUGUCACAUUUAGACUAAAAUGGCUGAAUUGACUAGAUCUGACAUUAAAAGAAACUUAUCUGCUUAAUACAA